CUUGUGAGCUGCUGAGCGACACCGUGAGUCCUGCCUCUGGAAACUUUUGUUAUUUUUUCCCCUCAGCCUACUUCAAUUGUUUCCACAACUUGGUCACAGACUCGGACAAGUUGCCAGAGAUCUACAGGCACAUCCCACAGCCUGGAGGAAGCUCCUCUGUGCUUCACUAAGUCACACCAGAGGUGGGGUGACAGCGCCAUGGAGGAUUAACAAGCAAGAAAAAGGUACUGGUAAAUCAGAUUAUCUGCCCUGUCAGUACCAGCCUACAGGACUAUCCAGAUCUCCUGGCUGAAAGCUCCACAGAGGCUGUCUAAAACAAAGACAAGAUAUUAGGCACUUUGCACUGUUCCUGACCACUGCUCUUCUCUCCCGCACUCCUAAAACCUCUGAUUUGUGCCCUCUGCUUUCUUGUUGCCAUGGAGAAGGUCCAACACAUGACCCGCGCCGCUCUGAGGAGAGCCUCAACUAUUGAGGUCAACCCGCAAGCACGCCAAAGGCUCCAAGAGCUCUUUGUGAAUUUCUGCCUGAUUUUAAUUUGCCUCUUGCUGAUCUGUAUCAUUGUGAUGCUUCUCUGAAGUUCCAGCACUUCUCUAUCCUGUCCUCUAGGAAAGUCACCCCAGGGGGAAGAGAGACCUACACAUGCAACUCCCAGUGCAAGGAUCCUCAUGUGACAGGGGCUAGCACUUGGACUACAGAGCGUGCCAACCAGUGCUCUGUUAUCUUACUGCCCGCUACAUGUAUUAAAAACACCUUUUCUGUGCAGAACAGCGUUUAGAGCCUGUAGUUACAAAGUUGUGCAUGACUCAAUUUGUCAGUCUCAAUAAAGAGAUGUCUUUAUACAUGGGUUAAAGUAACAGUAAAUGAGAUUAUAUGCUCUGAACAGUAACAGCCAGCAGCUGGUAAAUUCAGUGUUUUAGUCAAAUAAACACCACCACCACUUUUUGGGGGCCUAAAUGUUUUUAGGUUUCUGUGAAAAUCUUUAAGCCCUUGGAAGGGUUCCAAAUUUGGACCAUGCCUGCCCAAAGAAGAGAUUACAGGUACACAGCCCUCAACACAUCCUGGGAAAAUUUCUGCUCUCUUUAGUUCAAGGUACUGCAUCUCUGCAUUACCAACUGAAGGCAUUCAAAUUGCUUUUGUGUUUUUCAAAGGAAUAUGAGAAUGAACCAAAACUCUCUUCUAACUCAGAAAGGAAAAACUAUUUCAUAUGUUUUUCUCCCUGUUGAAGAGAUCUUAUAUCUGGAAAGAUUUUUCAUUAUGUUUUACAGAAAAAAAUUGACACCACCAUAACUGAUAUAAUAAAAAAUUUUGUUUUCCAUAGUCAUUUGACUGACAUGACAACUAACACAACUUAGAUUCUCUGAGUUCUUAGUAUUUGCCUUUAGACAACUUAAUUAAGGCCUGUUCUAAUGUAUGUAAUAAAUUUAUGUAAUUUAUGUAAUAAUUUCCUUAGUUUAAAACUACAAAAAACUUGGAAUUUGCCAAUGUCACAUGAGGUGGCUUACACCUGAUGUGGUGAAGAGAAAAGUCUAGGUCACCAUUGCAUCCGUACAAAUAUAUGUAACACCCCCAUUUUCAGCUGCAAAUUCCUGCUAGAGAAAAUGCAAGUACUUUCCUAAAAUGACAGAUAAAGUUCAUUGUAAACAAUUAUGCACAGGAGGGGAAAGCACUGCAGAAAUAUAUUUUCAACAUAUAAACCACAGGCUAUACACUCCAGAAAUUAUGAGUAACAAGACUGAGUAGAUACAUGACUUCUAGCUCUACCAACCCUAUUAUAUGUUGCUGGUGUUAAGCAAAAUUCCUAGAAAUUUGAUACACUUUUCAAAUUUAGAGAAAGCUCAAGAAUCAACAGACAGAGGUCAGACAGACAUUCAUUUUAAAAGAGAUAUUAUUCUAUUCCAUUCUAUGUACUAUAUAUAUAUAUAUAUAUAUUCCAUUCUAUCUACUGAUUAAUACAGAAAAUCAAAACAAGAUUAUCUUGCAUUCUGCCUUUAAGACUUAAUAUUUCAUGAGUAGAACUUGACAGUGAACAGCUGAGCAGGAAGGGAAGAAACCUUUGAAACAGUCUCUAUUCUGCAGGUAUGUUGACACCAGACUCUGAAAUAAGGUUGGUUACCCACUACAGGAAAUUAAGAUAGCUACUUGUAUGAGGAUUAGGGCAGGCACUGGUGAGACUGGCAACAACCCCCACACUUCAAGUUAGUAUAUGAGCAUUACUGAUUUGAACUGUGUAAAUCUCAAUUUCCAUUUCAUGCAUUCUGACCACUCUCACAAACGCAUGAGAUUUUAGCAAUCAUAUUUCCCCUUUUAAUCCUUCUUACUUUUCUUCUCCAAUCUGUAUUUUUGCAAUGGAUAGAGUUUCUUGCUUUAGUUUGGUUUGGAUGUGUUUCAAUAGACUUCAACUAGAAAUAGAGAACAGUUUUACAGUACUGAACACUUGCUGAAAAAAACUGUUAGGAGUAAAGCAUUAGCACUACAUUCUGAAGACGUGUUUGGGUUAUAGGUUUCACAAGCCAAUAAUACAAAGGAGUCAGAGUAAAGCAUUGCUAAAAAAUGUAGCCCAAUAAAAACAAACCCUCCAACUUCCUCUAGUGCACCUGAAAACCCUUAACUUAUUUUAAAACAAUAACCAACCAAGAACAAAACCAUGUUAUCAAUAAACUGGAAGCCCUAGUGCUAUUUUAUAGCAAGGUAGAUAUAUUGCAUAUACUGUAUGGUUCAUUUGUGUCUUAGGCUUCUGUUGAUCAAAAAAUCUGUUAUCCUCUCUCUGUAUCACCACUUGUCAACUAAACCCAAACAUUUAAGAAAAUCUUUUUGUACAUAAUACAGUCUUCUUUGUAGACUUAUGUAAGCUUUGAAAAUAAUAUCUACAGUAUUUUUAUUUAAUAAAAGGACUGCUUGAAAAAUAUUAAUACAUAAAAUAUAUCCAAUUCUGUUUAGAAAGAAGCAUCCAUUCUAUUACUCACUUAUUAAAGCUAUGUGAAAAGAAGCUACUCAUCACACAGAUUUCUGAUUCUCUAAAUCUCUGUUUAUUCUGUUUUGGUUUUCAAACCAAAACUGCUGCUAUGCUGCUAUGUCCAGGUCACUUACAUGUACCUCAUUUCCACUCAGUAGACAGUGCUUGUAACUAUUCAUAACGAAUUUUCUGCAAGUACAAUCAAAAAGUUCACCACCUUUAUGAGCCAUAAUAAAAAUUGCAAUCAUGUACAACACAUAGCUUGGAUUAAGUUUUCAGUUCUCUGCUCCACUCCACCCAAGCCUAAAUCUUUUUCCUAAGGUCAUCUUAGUGAAUAAAGACAGCUAAAUAGCCAACAAUCUGAUAUUAAUCUUCCUCCAGAAAAAAAAAUUACCAACUUCCUUGACAAUUUUAUACUGAAGGAGGUAAAUCAGGAACCAAAAUAUGCUGGUUUUAAAGAUAUGUUUCCUCAGCCAGUUCCUCAGCAAAAAAUGAUGCAAUAAUUGAUUCAAUCAUUUAAAAAAUAUUAUUCUCUAUGUGAAAACAUGACCCAUUUAAAAAUUGAAAUUUUGCUCUGACCAAGACUAGUCAGUAAGGUGUUUUAGAAGGCAGCAUAUACUUGCAUUUCUUGAAUAACUCUUCUACAUCAAUUUAGCACUAAGUUCCCUUCCUGGCAGAACUGAACCACUCAGUGGACAGACGAGAGUAAAGCAACCUUAAAAUUAUUCACACAACAUGCACAAAAUGUUUGUCACACCCCUGCACAAAGAAUAUUUAUGCAAGUUUGCUACCCCUACACCAAUGACCAAUGGUACAGCUAGCCCAGUGGUAUCCUGGCAUGCAUUAGGAAGAGCAUUCCCAGCAGGUCAAGGGAGAUGAUCCUGGUCCUGCACUCCACCCUAGAGAGGCUGUGGUGCUGUGUCCAGUUCUGGGCUCCUCAGUACAGGAGAGACAUGGAGUUCCUGGGGCUCGUUCAGCCGAGGAUGGCAAAGAUCAUUAAGGCACUGGAGUAUUUCUGUUAAGAGGAAAGUCUGAGGGAGCUGGGAUUCAAGAAGUGACUGAGAGGGGACUUUAUCAAUGUCUACCAGUAUCUAAAUUGGAUGUCAAGAGUGUGGAGCCAGGCUCUGCUGGGUGGUGCCAAGCAACAGGACAAGAGGCAAUGGGCAGA